UGUUGCUGCAAUUGUGUAUCGAACAAGCCGGGAGAACGUUUUUUCUUUUCCAUUGAACUUGAGGGUUUUCAUCUACAGUGCACUUCAGGUAGGACGAUGUUUACAAAACCUAAAAUGUGUGCCCAAACCGGUGACCUGACAGUUUUGCCUUUUAACCAGAAAUUAUUUGUAAGAAUUGAAACAAAACUGUUUUGGAAUUAAAUGUCUACGGUUCUGCAGCACGCUGCAUAUGUGGGCGACUAACCACGCCGAGUCUGAAGCGCUGCUGAGUGAUCCACGGGACAGGUUACGUGUAUAACGGGAAGGAGCUGUGUCUCCCACGUACUGUAGCUUCUUCUCUGUGCACUGAGCACAUUGUGCAGCUUGCUUCUUCCUGCAUUGCAUGUGGCGCUGCUUCCUUAUCAGAGGGGCGAGGUGGGGGGAGGCGCGCCCGGCAAACAGGUUCUUCUAUAGCACAUCGAAAGCUAGGACCGGCUGAGCAUGAAUGAAACAAGAGGGAGCCACGCCUGCAGGUCAGCUAACCAGGAAGUAUCCAAGCAGCAAGGAAACAUCACCCAAUGCUGCGCUGAGGCAGUGCACUGAGAGAGCCCUCGAUGAUCUCCAGGCGCGAUUUUCUGUUGAGUGAAGAGUUGGCCAUUCAAAGUGACUGAAAAUAUCAAAGAGGAGACCUAAAAGGAGAUCUGCUUAGUGUGACAUCUCUUCAGAACCGUUCCACAAAGUGCAAUUACACAACAUUCUGAGCAUCUUUGAUAAAAAGCCUGACCCUAGGACAAUCCUUUUCCAAAUAUAGCAUUUUGUCACCUAAAAUCCAGAUCCUGGCAGUGAAGUAAAUGGCUCAACUUCCCCCUGGAGUUCGCUUCAUCGUUUUAUUUACAAGAGAUCAGUGGUGCAGGGCCUUCAUUUUUGUUCUUACCUUUUUGUUAUAUGCUAGUUUCCACUUGUCAAGGAAACCUAUUAGUAUAGUUAAGGGAGAACUACAUAAGCACUGUGCUUCUCCAAGUGAAGUUGAACUCAACUCCUACAAAGAAUAUGCCAUCCAGAUUCAGCCUGUUAAAAAGUUAUCUAAUGAGUCUCAGUGUGGUUGGGAGCCAUUUGACAAGAACAAUUACAAACAAUUACUGGGAGCCCUGGAUUACUCAUUUCUGUGUGCUUAUGCAGUUGGAAUGUAUUUGAGUGGUAUAAUAGGAGAGCGACUGCCUAUCCGGUAUUAUCUAACAGCUGGAAUGCUUGCCAGUGGACUCUUCACUGCAAUGUUUGGGUUGGGCUAUUUCUAUAAUAUACAUAACCUGUGGUUCUACAUGAUAGCUCAGAUAGCUAAUGGAUUGGUGCAAACCACUGGCUGGCCCAGUGUUGUUACCUGCAUUGGCAACUGGUUUGGAAAAGGAAGGAGAGGUUUGAUCAUGGGAAUCUGGAAUUCUCACACUUCCGUAGGGAAUAUCUUAGGAUCCUUAAUUGCUGGUUACUGGGUAUCUACCUGCUGGGGUCUGUCUUUUGUGGUUCCUGGUGUUGUUAUUGCUUGCCUGGGGAUCGUUUGUUUUCUGUUUCUCAUUGAACACCCUAAAGAUUUAAGUUACUCUUGCAAACCAUCCAGUAGCUCAAAGUCCUACAUGAAUGGUAAAAAUAAAUUCAGAGUCCAUAAGCCAACCUUAAAUCUUAAAGAAACCAACAAUCUUCAGGAUCCAGCGAUGCAGUGUUUGCUUCCUGACAGAGAGAACUUCACAGUGCCACUGAACCAUAACGUGGCAGUCAAUGGGGAAGGUGGAACUAGAAUGUCAGCUAUAAGCUUCAUAGGUGCUUUGCGAAUACCUGGAGUCAUAGAAUUCUCCCUCUGUUUGUUGUUUGCUAAACUAGUCAGUUACACUUUCCUUUUCUGGCUUCCGCUCUAUAUCACAAACGUAGAGCAUCUUGAUGCGAAAAGAGCUGGGGAUCUAUCUACAUUGUUCGAUGUGGGUGGAAUCUUUGGUGGCAUUUUGGCAGGCAUGAUAUCAGAUAGAUUAGAAAAAAGGGCUUCAACCUGUGGAAUGAUGUUACUACUAGCAGCACCUGCCCUAUACAUGUUCUCUGCAAUCAGUAAAAUGGGACUAGAAGCUACCAUAGUUAUGCUGCUUAUCAGUGGAGCCCUGGUGAACGGUCCUUAUGCACUGAUCACAACUGCGGUCUCAGCCGACUUGGGUACCCAUAAAAGUCUGAAAGGAAAUGCAAGAGCCCUGUCCACAGUUACGGCUAUCAUCGAUGGAACAGGUUCUGUAGGUGCUGCUCUCGGGCCUCUGUUAGCUGGUCUCAUCUCUCCCUCUGGUUGGAACAAUGUAUUUUACAUGCUAAUGGUGGCAGAUGCAUGUGCCUUAUUAUUCUUACUCCGUCUUAUACGAAAAGAACUCCAGUGUAAAAUGGACCAGACCUUGUUUAAGGAACACUGACUUAUGAUAUCUCAGACAUGGAAUUAAGGUCUUCAUGUGUGAUCAAAACUACGCCCUCAAAAGACUGUGGAAUAAAUUAUUCUGUAUUUGUGAUUUGUCUUGUGGAGCAUUUUGCACAUUUACCAGGACAGGAUUGAGAAAUUCAGCUGGUGAAUUCCUGGUGAAGUUUUUUUGUUUUUGUUUUGUUUCCUGUUUGCACAUACAUCAGUCUCUCAGGAUGGUGACUGUUUAUCACAUGAAGAGACAGAAGCUUUGGGAAGCUGUAUGCCUUAACUGAGCCAAAAAAGAAAUACCAAGUGCCUUUUGAUUCAUGUUGAUAGGAUAUUUUAAGUAAACCUUAAACUGCUUAUUUUUAACAAACUGCAAGGAGAUUUGAGAAUAGAGCACAAAGAAGAAAAUGAACUCUCUUCGGAUGCUUCAGCAGUGGAAUGUGCCAAUGGUAUUAGCAAAGAAUUUGUGAGCGAAGUGUCUUUUAAGAACAUAAGAACGGCCAUACUGGGUCAGACCAAAGGUCCAUCUAGCCCAGUAUCCUGUCUUCCGACAGUGGCCAAUGCCAGGGUCCCCAGAGAGAAUGAAUAGAACAGGUAAUCAUCAAAUGAACCGUCCCCUGUCACCCAUUUAUGCCACCUCUUAAAAGAUAAGGUCAUCACACUAUGUAAAAGUACCAGCUGUCUCAGAUUCACUGCUACUCAAUAUCCUGAAACAGUUUAAACAGUAAGAAAGUAGUCUGACCAUAUUAUCAGACUUUCACUACAGCACUAACUUAUCCUACACUGUAAAAUCCCCAGGGCAGCAUUCCGCUCUUUUAUGUAUAAUAUAUUGGAACUUGUACAUAAGUAGUUACAAUGUGCGGUAAAAAAGUAGCCUCCACUAGCCCCCUGGAUGGGGAGUUUUGCUCAUUUGGGGUUGUCAGAAAAGGAGACUCAAACAACAAAGAGGCUUAUUAUGAUGGCGCAUUUCCUGUCAGGAGUUCUAAUGAUUUGUAGGGCAUUAUACACUGGUUGUGCAAACUUUAGAGAAUUGUUUUAUUGUUAAUUCUAUAUGCUCCUUUGGAGUUGCAGGUUAUUUUUAAUUUGGAGGGCAAAGGCAUUGUCUCACCUGUGACUGAAGCUUUAGCACUAGCUGCCUUUUUUAUUUUAUUUUUUAAUGGGUGAACAAAAAAUUGGCUGGUUUAAACCCUGAUCCUGAAAUGGUGUUGAGUUCAAGCACCCAUUGACUUCAAUGGGGCUGGAUGCAGUGCAGGGAGUCUGUCCACUCCGAGCUCAUUGCAGUAUCAGGACCUUAAUCAUAGCACCAAAAAUCUGUCAAAAAACUAAUGUUGCAGUCCAAGUUUAGAGCCAAAGUAUAUGGUUUAAAAAAAA